GCGUUCAGGCAGGACAGGAGGGCGCGCGGGACAUCAGCACACCGGCCGGGUCAAGAAGCUGCAAGGAUGGAGAUCCGACCAGACAGGUUUAAGGCGGUCGCGGGAAAAACUCUGGGGAAAAUUCACAGGCUGAUUGAGAAGCGGCAGCCCAAUGGAGAAACCAUUGAGUUAUCAGCUGAGGGCCGUCCUGAGCUGGUGGAGGAGAAGGAGCUGCCAGUGGUGGAUUGUACCUGCUUUGGCCUGCCAAGGCGGUACAUCAUUGCCAUCCUGUCUGGCCUGGGAUUCUGCAUUUCUUUUGGAAUUCGCUGCAACUUGGGUGUGGCCAUUGUAAGCAUGGUCAAUGACCACACUGUCUACAAAGGCAACAAGGAAGUACUUGUGGCAGCGCAGUUCACAUGGGACCCUGAGACAGUGGGAAUGAUCCACGGCUCCUUCUUCUGGGGCUACAUCGUCACACAGAUCCCGGGUGGCUUUAUAUGUCAAAAAUUUGCAGCCAACAGAGUGUUUGGCUUUGCCAUAGUGGCCACUUCCACUCUCAACAUGCUGAUUCCAUCUGCUGCUCGCUGCCAUUACAGCUGUGUCAUACUCGUCAGGAUAUGUCAGGGCCUUGUUGAGGGUGUAUCAUACCCAGCCUGCCAUGGGAUCUGGGCCAAGUGGGCACCUCCUCUUGAGAGAAGUCGAUUAGCCACAACAGCAUUUUGUGGAUCCUAUGCAGGGGCAGUGGUGGCCAUGCCUUUAGCUGGGAUACUGGUGCAAUACUCUGGGUGGCCUUCAAUAUUCUAUGUCUAUGGCAGUUUUGGGAUAUUCUGGUAUUUAUUCUGGAUUCUGGUGUCGUAUGAAAGUCCUGCAGCUCAUCCCACCAUCACACCGGAAGAGAGGAAGUACAUUGAAGAUGCAAUUGGAGAGUCUGCAACAUUUCUUAAUCCUCUCCAUAAAUUUAAAACCCCAUGGAGGCACUUCUUCACUUCCAUGCCAGUGUACGCCAUAAUUGUGGCCAACUUUUGCAGGAGUUGGACCUUCUACCUGCUGCUCAUCAGCCAGCCAGCUUAUUUUGAAGAAGUCUUUGGUUUUGAGAUAAGCAAGGUGGGCAUGGUGUCCGCUUUGCCCCAUCUGGUGAUGACAAUUAUCGUGCCUGUUGGAGGCCAGUUGGCAGACUACCUGAGAACCCACAACCUGAUGUCCACCACCAAUGUCAGGAAGCUCAUGAACUGUGGCGGUUUUGGAAUGGAGGCUACACUCCUGCUGGUGGUGGGAUACUCUCAUUCAAAAGGAAUUGCCAUAUCCUUCUUGGUCCUCGCUGUGGGUUUUAGUGGAUUUGCUAUCUCAGGGUUUAAUGUCAAUCACUUGGACAUCGCCCCUCGCUAUGCCAGCAUACUGAUGGGCAUCUCAAACGGGGUGGGGACAUUAUCUGGAAUGGUGUGUCCUCUCAUAGUGGGAGCCAUGACCAAACACAAGACACGUGAGGAGUGGCAGUAUGUCUUUCUUAUAGCUUCCCUCGUUCAUUAUGGAGGAGUGAUUUUCUAUGGACUCUUUGCAUCAGGAGAAAAGCAGGUGUGGGCAGACAUAGAGGACACCAGCGAGGAGAAGUGCGGGAUCAUUGAUCAGGAUGAACUGGCCAAUGAGACAGAGGAGCUCUACCAUGGAGGUGGGCAGUAUGGAGCCAUGAGCCAACAGGUUGUUGGCUCCAAUGGAGGAGGGGCUGGAGGAGGAGGAGGAGGCGGGCCUGGGUGGGUUUCGGACUGGGAUAAAUCUGAGGAGUAUGUGCAACCACCUGGAUACAACUCAUACAUGUAUGGGGGAGAAGAGGAGAGGGAGCUGACAUAGAAGAGUGACAUGACACAAGUUAAAAAAAAAAAAGAUGAGGAGGAAGAUUGUUUUGGGGAAAGGAGUUGUAAGAGAGUCACUGCUAAACUGAAUGGACAUGUGUGCUUUUGUACAAGGGCACAUAUCAAAAGUAUGGAUCUGAUUCAUUCCAUUGUGUGUGCACAUGUGUGCGUGUGUGUGUGUAGUGUGUGUGCGUGUAUGUGUAUGUUUGUGUGUGUGUGCUAGCAUGUGCAUGCAGCUAUCAGAAUAUGAAAAACUGAACUCACAUGUGAGAUUUCAUCCCUGGCCCUGAGCUCACUGUGAUUGGUCAGGACUUCUGUUUCCACAUCACUGAGAAGAUUCUGUGAGUGUGUGUACGUGUGUGUCUGCGUUUGUGUCCGUGUAUGUGUAUGUGUGUACGUGUGUGUGAUGGGCUUUUGCCUAUACAGCAACUCUGGAACGCAGAGCUCAAGCCACUGGCAUAGUGUUGUAUUUAAAUUUUUAUGUGUAAGCCACACAUUUACUUUUUUGCUGGUAAAGCACCUUUGGGGCCUCAGUUUUAAAAAACUUUUGUGCUUUGUCCAAAUUACUAAAUACAAGAUGUGAUGUCACUGCUGCACAUUGCUCACAUUAAUUUCUCUAUUACUCUCAAGGGUCUCAGACAUAAUAGAAACUGUAUUGCUCAUAUGAUAAAAUCAGUGCACAAACCAAACACAGUCAUAUCCAGACAUUAGUGAUUCAUCCAGUUAAUUUUCCUUUGCCACUGAAAUGUGAUGAAAUGCAUAAUUAAAGUAUGUAUGCCUGUGGUGGUGGGCAGGGGUUCAUUUAAGUGUUAAGAAUCUCUAAUGUUUUAAACUAUUUUAACUGCUACAACUAUUCAAUGAAAGAAGAAAGGAGUGCUGAAGUGUUUUUACCAGUCUGUGCUCGUGUGUAAAGUUGUAAAAGCUUUUGUUACUGCAAAUCCCCUUUUAUAUGUGUGUGCAUUUGAAUGUCCAAAGGUGUGCGUUUGAAUUUGUGCACAAAGCUGUAUGUGGUGUCUAGCUGAAUCUCACCUGGGUCUGACCUAACUAGGUCACGUCUGUGGGUCAUGCAUCAUGGGUGACAUGGGUAAUCAUCUGACAUUUGUGACUUUCCAUUUGGUGUGUGUGCUCCCAUUAGAGAGGUGGCCCAGAAUGACAAGCAGAGUGUAAUAGUUACUUAACUGUUCCAAUGCUUAACCGGCAAGGAACAACAGUUAUAAUAUUCCCAGGCAUCACAGUACAUGCUUCCUCUGUUUCUGUCUUCCUCCUUGUACGUCUCCUCUCUGUUGGUCUUCUUUCCAUGUACUUAUUACCUACAUGUCAGCCAUGUUUGAGUUGGUGAGUCUAUGUUUUUUCAGAUAGUCUAUGUGUGUGCGUGUGUAUGUGUAACAGUAAGUGUGUUGUUGCGUUGGGUACAGGUGCUGAAACAUUGUGCGGUGAGCAUGUUUUAAUGAGCACAGCAGUGCAGUACCUCGCCGUCCCUCUCUUCCUUUUACACACAACCACACAGGAUGUUAAUUUCAUGCAAGUACAGUCAGUAGCGCCAUACACACUGUGCAGAGGGAGUGGUGGCACACUAUUUGGUAUUUACAUGGCUGUCAGUGUGAUGUGCACCCAUGGAAAGAAGGUGGGAUUAGGAAGAAUCUAUUACCAUAUUUCAUCGGAGGGUGCAUUUGGUAAAAAACACAGCCAAUCACAUUAGCAGCUGUCUUCUUCUUAAAGCACUGACAGCUGGUUUUUGAAGAGACCAGAGGGGCUUCUCCUGAGAGGGGACUAAUAUUCCCAUACAGGUGAGCAACUGUCAUAUUGUAUAAGCUGCACAGUUCAGCUCUUUGCUUUGCUCUUGAACAUACAGUAGACAGCAAAGUCAGACAUGAAACAUCAUGUGCAUGCACACGCACAAAAACAUACAUACAUACACACAAACACAAAUUGGACAAAUUGGAUAUAUAUAUAUAUAUCCAAUUUGAUGAUGACUCUUUUAAGAUCAAGUGUCUAAUCUGAUUCUAUCUAACUUGUAGAGGGUUUGUGAUAUGACCUCACUUCUGUGAGGAAAAAAAUCAAAAUACACUGCUGGAAUGUUGAAAAUAAUUUCUUUGAUUCAAAUGAGGGUUUAAUUGUAAAUGUGUUGGUAUGUCAAUAAGUUAUUUUAAGAAGUGAUUAAGACAAAAAAAAACAUUUGUUCGGAGUGAAAUGUCUAAAAGACAUGAAUGAUUAUUCCUGUGAACAAUUUCAUUUUUGAGUGUUGUAUCAGUGUAUUUUUAAUCAAGUUUCUCUUUGUCUCAGUUUAUAGCUGUUCCAUUAUUGUCCUCCUUCUUGAUGAAGUGUGUGGUGGGAAUCUGUAAAAAUAAAAAUUAAGAAAAGGAAACGAUCAUAUUUAAAAAUGUGGAAAAUAUUCUAUGUAUAAAAGAUGUAUA